UAUAUUAAGGAAGGGCUAGAAGGCUAUUCAUUGGCUAACCAGGAUAGGUUGGUAUUUAAACUGCCAAGUCGGAAUUAGUUGUCCCUUUUCUUCUCCUUUACCUUCCUCAACCUCUUCCAAAUGUCUUCUUCAACACUCAAGCGUUGGUUAAGGCCUGAGGUUUACCCUCUAUUUGCUGCUCUUGGCGUAGCCGUCGGAAUCUGCGGUAUGCAGUUGGUUCGCAACAUCAGCGGUAAUCCUGAAGUUAGAGUGAACAAGGAAAACAGAGCUGCUGGUGUGCUGGAUAACUUUGCUGAAGGGGAAAGGUACGCGGAGCAUUCGUUGAGGAAAUUUGUUCGCAACAAGAGCCCCGAAAUUAUGCCAAAUCUCAAUUCCUUCUUUGCAGACCCAAAAUAAACUCAUUAAACAAAAUCCAGGCUGUUUUUGUAAGAUAAAAAACUAGUGUGUGGUUAUGAUCGGCUAUAAGCCAAUGCUUGAUGUUUUUUAACGUUAUGAUUUAACAGUUCAGCACAAUAAUUGAACUUGCAUAAGCUGGUUGUUUAAAAACAAAGUAUUUGUAACUAAAAUGUUCAGUUUGGUGCUUUAGAGUUGCUUGACA